GCUGAUGGAUGGAUCAUGGGACCCAACCACCAGCUCCUUUUCUGGGUACCUCCCGCCUCCAGACAUGCAUUCUAUACUCCUUGGACUAUAUUGGUAAUACCCAAAGGAUAUCCCGAACUUGAUUUGAGGCGCAUGGCCCAUGGGACACAGUGGUCGAAUUGCCGAAAUGCCUCCAUAUAACGAUGAUUCUAUUGCUGCAACAUCGAGUGUACCGUUUCAUUUUUUUGAUUCCUUGUUCAUUUCUAUACCUAGCACCGAGUCUGAAUUUACAGUUAUCCGACUGCUGCAGAGGUGCACUAGUUAAUAUGUAGUACUCUAGUACUGUAUACGUUCACAGUAGCAUUUUCGAGCCGUUUUCGUUUUUUUUUUCGACUUUUCGGUUGAAUCUGAUAUUUCCAUGUAUGUCAUGUGAAGAGCCGUGGAAACUUCGUCGCAGCCAAGGUGGCGAAGAAAUGAG